CUGCGGAGUAGCAGCCGAGGACAAACAGGGAGACCUGCGGUUGUCGUCGGGCGUGCCAGAAGCUCGUCAGUGCUCGAGCUGCAAUAUGUAAAGCACUGCUCCUCGAGAUCUUUGUGGUCUCCUUGAUAUUCUCCAGCAGCAAAUCCUGGCAAUGGCUUCUCUGAGGUUAUUCUCGCGGCCUGCAGCGGCUCUCUCAGCUGCACCACGAACCCUUCCGCGGCUGGUCCGAUUUCAAUCCACCUCAAGCAGCUAUGAAAACAUUCUAGUGUCAACACCGAGGCCGGGUGUUGGGCUUAUAACACUCAACCGUCCAAAGGCACUGAAUGCCCUCUCUAGCGCUCUGUUUGUUGAAUUAAAUGAUGCGCUGAAGAAAUAUGAAGAGGACAAGGAUAUUGGUGCUAUUGUCCUGACAGGGAGCGACAAAGCAUUUGCAGCUGGCGCAGAUAUCAAAGAAAUGGCUCCCUUGACCUUCUCCGACGCCUAUGUCAACAACUUCAUUGCCCCUUGGUCCUACAUGACGACUCUUCGAAAACCCGUCAUCGCAGCGGUAUCGGGCCAUGCUCUUGGUGGUGGCUGCGAGCUUGCCAUGAUGUGUGAUAUUCUAUACUGCACGAAGACUGCGAACUUUGGCCAACCUGAGAUCAAGCUCGGCACCAUCCCAGGCGCAGGGGGUUCUCAGCGUCUCACCGCAGCCAUUGGGAAGAGCAAAGCUAUGGAACUCAUUCUCACAGGCAACAAUUUCAGUGGCGAGGAGGCUGAGAAACAUGGUCUUGCUGCCAAGGCCUUCGAGGGGGGCAACAAAGAGGUCCUUGAGGGUGCCCUGAACACUGCCGAGAAGAUCGCCAGUUAUAGCCGCGUGGCCGUCAUCGCGGCCAAGGAGGUUGUCAAUAAGAGUCAAGACCUCGGAGUGAGAGAGGGUGUUGAAUACGAAAGACGCAUCUUCCACAGCCUGUUUGGCAGCCAAGAUCAAAAGAUUGGCAUGAAGGCGUUUGCGGAGAAGAAAAAAGCCGAGUGGACGAACUCAUGAUUCUCCAGAAAGGAGACAGCCCAGGGUCACAGGAGCUGAGUAGGCAUGGGGGAUAGUGUACAGUACAAUCAGGAAGGUGGUCUAAUAGAAAACGGUAUAGGACAAGGCUGGGCAGGCAAAAGCCCCCCAACUGGGACGAAAUUCCCAAAUGUGGCUACUAUGUCUCCUAAGUCCGAACUGCACACGGCCGCAUUGCGCGCAUCUAGAGUCCGGCCAUGUGGCUUCAGUUGAGAUGUGUACUACAAAUACUCCCCGUCCCAGAGGCUGCCUACCACAUUCUCCCCAAGAGUUCUCAUGCUCCAUGCUCCAUGCUCCAUGCUGACGUGAGGG